GCGGAGCAACACGGUCAAUUCGAUCAACGUCGUACGGAAACGAUUAUCGAUUAUGAAAAAAAGAAAACGGGCCCACCAGUGGUUCGUACAACGGUUGAGGGUAAACUCAAAAUGGAAAAAAUUGUUGGCGCUGAUCUAAUCACAGUCGACAGUUGUGUGUCAAGUGCAUGGACAGUUCGUGACACGGUCACCAACUAUAAGGUAAGAAUUCGUCGGUGCAUAUAG